GUUUUUUUUGGAGCAACAGACGCGCAAUGGAACACUGCGGCGACGCCCGCCGCCCCUGCUCCUGCGGCGCCUGCUCCUCCUCCACCGCCGCCGAUUCCUCUUCAUCGUCGUCGACGAUCAAGAGGUUCGGAAGCGUCAGCCUCAUAUCGAAUUUUCUGUUCGAGAGCAGCAGCAGCAACACCGCCGAGCCUUCCUUGCGGCGGUCGAGAUCCUUGGCGGUGGCGAUUACUUUCCUCCGAUCGCCAACCAAUCAUCAUCCUCCUCCUGCUGCCGCUGCUUCCGUCAAGGCGGCUCCCACUCCGUCGUUCUGGUCAAUUCUGAAAGGCGGCGGCGCGUCGGCGAAGAAGAAGGACGGCGUGGCGGCGGGGGAGGAGGAGGAGGAAAUCGAUGUCGGUGGCGGUGACGUCAGCGGACGCAGAGAGGUCGUCGUGGAAAGGAAGCGGCGUUGGGAGGGGGUGGCAUUUCCCGAGUCCGAUGAAGGUGUUCCGGCAAUCGAAAAUCUCCGCCAGAGGCGGCGGCGGCGGCUUGAUGCAGGGGAGUGAAAGGUCUCCGUUGGACCGCGGUUGAUUAUUAUUAUUGAUUAAUUAACUUAAUUAAUUACUCUUUGGUGGGCCGGUUACAAUUCCAGAGCGUCGGUUACAAAUCCAGAGGCGAUUUCAAUUGCGAUCCGUUUCAGAUACGCUUAUUCUUUCUCUUUCCUCCCUAAUUUUAAUAUUUAUUUAUUUCCAGAAUUAUAAUUAAAUAAUUUUUUCCUUUCCUUAACUGCUCGUAUUUAUAAUCUUUUCAUUAACUUUACUGUAAAAAAAAAAGGAAGAAGUAAGUAAUAAAAAAAUGUUUUUCGUUUGUCCUUGUUAGCUUCUAAUUCAGAGUAUCUGACUAAGCCUCCAGGGCUUGUUUAAGUCCAUUCGGUGGAGCUUAGUUGUCCUCCUCUAUGGGCGCUUGUGUGUUUGUUUGUUUUUGUAGGGGGCACGUAGUUUUCCCUUGACCAUACAAGUAUCCAUCCUUUAUGAUUCAGUCUCGUGUUGUGGCGCAUGCGACAAGUGGAGCGAUCUUGGAAGAGAUUUGUUUGGCAUCUGUGUCUUUUAAUUUCUUUAUUUGUACUUUUACGCAGAGGUUGUACAACAGGGCUGCCCACUUAGUGGCUUCUGGUGCCCUUUCAUCGACAGCUCGAUAUUAUGUCGACUGUCGCGUCUGGUUUUCUAGAGUCCUGUAAUAUCUAUUUCAUUCCCGAUCUAUGACAAAAAAAAAAAAUCAAAGAUAAGAAGAGUUUAAGGAAAAGCUUUUGCCAUAUAAAAUUUCCCAUGUGGGACACAGGGAAAAAUGUGAUUGUGUAUUAACUCAAUCGGAACAACAAAGAAGAUUCCUUCUCUCAAUGCAGAAAAAAUUUCAUAAAAGGAAUUGUCGUGAGUUAAGGACCCUAAUGGAUGCAAGUAUGGAACUUAUGGUAAUGCAAGAAACCAGUUUACAAUUGGAGUAUUCCAUGUUAAAUUGGGCUUGAUGAAUGCAAUGACUUGCAUAAGACCAUAUAUAGCAUAUGAAGCAUGACAACAAAGUUGGUGUAGGAGUAAUUCUAGUACUAAUUUUUUGGAAAUGAAAUGUGGCGUGUACGAGAAAUCUCAAAGUUACAUUGUAUUGACUUAUAGUGGCUUUCCAUCCAUUUUGGAAAGAUUUAUUGAUGUUAGUUGGAUUUCUCAUGUUUAAGGUGAUACUUCAACAUCGAGAUGGGUCUCUUGCUUGGGGGAGUGGCCAUAUCUUGGGCCUCUAAAAAGAAAACUUGCAUCACUAAGUUUCACUAUGGAGUCAAAGUUUUUGGCCUUGAUUUCUCUUAGAGAAAAGACAUUAUUGUUGAGAUGCUUGGUUUAUGACAUUAAUUUAUGGCUAAAGCCAGUCUCGCCUAUUGAUAUUCUUAGUGAUAGUAAUGCCACUUUGGCUAAGACAUAUAGCCAAGUGAAAUGACAAGUACGGUCAUGUGGGAGUUAUGCACUGUGAAUUGAUAAGUCAUGGAGUUGUGUCAAUGUAAUGUGAACGGAUUUGAGAUAAUUUAGUUGAUCAUUUGACGAAAUUAUUAACUAGAGACUUGGUGGUCAAGUCUGUGAAAGGGAUGGGUUUAAAGUCCAUGUAAUUUCUAAUCAUGGGACACCCAAUUCCCCUCUAAUACAACGUUAGAGGCUAAAUUCAAUGUGGAAAGCUUAUUAUCAGAAAUUGAAGCACACAAUUUGUCAUCCCGAUGUAUGUGCUUGUUAUACUGCAUGAGAGAAGAGGAUGAAGUUUAAUACUUCUGAAUUGAAUAUUUGAAAAAGUGUGUUAUGUGGGUACGCGAAUAAGAGAUUCAACCUACGCAAGCAUGUAGUGUAGCCGCUUCAAGAAACCCGGACUUUGGUUUCGCGUGCGCUUAUGAGAAGGAUUGGACACAUUGCGGGUAAUAGUGUUGAGGCACUUAGAAGUUUGUGAAACUUAAGUGUAUAUUAUCUUCGAAUAUUCAUAUGAGUAGAUGGGUGCAAUCGUUAUCUACACCUAAAUAUUAAGAUAUUCGUCAAGUGUAAUAUACUAAGAUGAAAAUUCAAUUGUAACGACAUUUUCAUCUGUGCUUAAAUUUUGUUUGAAAGGUGUUAUAAUUUUAGUGUAUUCUCUGAAUACACUAACAAGGGGUAGGAAUGUUUAAAAUUUGGUCAAACCGGUUUGAAGUUGGACGAAAUUGGUUAAAAUAUUGGGAUAGGUCGAAUUGGGAAACCUCCCAUUUCAUUUCUCCACGUGAAUGGAUUUAUUUCAUGCAAAUUUGGAUUUUUCAUUCCAUUAAAUGUUUGCCCGCGUAAUGCAUGGUUUUAUGAAAGAAUGCAACUUUUCAUGAAAUGAUAUGGUGCCUGGAUCCGGACGAUGAUAAUGUUUUGGAAUUGGCAGUUAUAGCCAUCAAACGUUCUCAUAAAUAGGGGCAACCGAUGUUGUGAAAGGGACACACCAAAACCAUUAUUGUUAUUCCUUCUAAUAAACUUCUAAGUAUACUUUAGGAUUCUUAAGUCUAGAACCUAAAGUGGUGUUAGUUUUAUCAUACGAAGAAAUUUUUUAUAACUCAAACCUUUGUAAAGGGUGAAAAUAUUCUUUACGGAAAGUGAACGUUGUUCACGACUUCAUUAUAAUCCAAGUCACCCAGUAUCGGAAUAUCGUACGUGUACCCUCGUCCCUAAUGUCCCAACACCCUCUCUAAAGGGUGUAUCAAUCUCCCUACUAUCACAAUAUACUUCUCUAUUAACCGAUGAAUCGUUUACAAAAUCAGAAAGAGAUCUUGAUAUAUGUUUGAUGAUGAGUAACAAUGAUUUUGACUAUGAAGGUCGCCAAGUUUUUUUGUUGGUCGUGUUUUAACUAUUAUUGGUCGUGUUUUAACUAUGAAGGUCGCCAAUUUUUUUUGGUCGUGUCCCGGAUACCUCAUGCAAGCCGAUGUGCAAAGAUUGAGCACGCCCGGCUUGGAGAGGAAACGAGAAAACAUCUUGGAAGGCACGGGUUUAGUGAAGAGGUCAUCCAGUUGGUGAAUUGUAUAGACAUGGAGGAGCUUGAUCUCAAUGUGUUUUGUGAGCUCGUGGAAUUUUGGGUUCUUGGAAAUUUAUUUGGUCGGCACAGAAGAGGAUGGCAAGUUUGGGAUGUUUGAUGUUAAAAUCUUUGAGCAUAUAGAGGAUCAACUGGACUUCACAAGUUGUGUAAGCUAAUGUUCGAUACUCUGCUUCACAGGAGGAUAUGAAGAUGGUCGGCUGCUUUUUUGCUCUUUGACUCACUAAAACUAACACUCAAAUCAAAGACAAAGUGAAACCAAUGCUCUGGAAGCAGUAUAUUGGUCAAGUAAUAAUUUAUCGAAUCCUCGAGUUCUCAAAUUUACUAUUACUCUAAAUAAUCUUGUUAUGUAUCAGUUUAGGUUCAGUUUAAAACCAAGAAAUUGACAAAGCAAAAAGUAAUUGGUCUAAGUUUGAUUGUGAAAAAGUCACUCCGGUAGCGAAGCCCCCUAUUCUCUAUUCCAAUUAAUGAUUAUCAACUCCCUAGCUCAUUGAAUCAAAGUUCAUAAUGUGGAUAAUCAUUAAUAGGUCGUCAAUCUUGAUUAAAGAAAUCACAACCAUCUUGAAUAAAUUGCUUAAAGGGACAUUAUUCUUAACUAAGACAAAAUACCAAGACAAUAGACUCUAGAUUCCCACAAUUGAAUCGAAAUACAAUACAAAGAAGUGAAUCGAUUCACUCUCAUAAAUAUAUGCAAAAUGCAUCUGUAUAGUCAAAACUUUGACAUUAAUGCAAUAAUAGCCAUUUUUUGGGAAAUACACAAAAUGUCAAAUUCCGUCCAAUACUUUAACUGUGUGAGUUAAUGAUCUGACUAGACUAACUGAAGGCUGGCGUGGCGACUCUCUUUAGUUAGUAACAAUCCAGAAUAGUAUUUUGAUUUGUGAAUAAUAAAACAAAAAAUAUAAAUAAUGAAUAAAAAGAAGCAAAGCAUAUGCGCUGGUCUUUUGAUUUGCAGAUAUCGAAAAGUCAAGAACAACAACCUUCAAUUUUGCCCUGCACAAAACCUAACACCAACCGACCCAUCAAUCCAUGGCCUCCAUAUCGACUGCCGCCCUUCCCUCCUCCUACGCUGCCUCACCGCUGCCAACACUAUCGAUCUGUGUGAAGAACCACCCCUUCAACGUUGAAGCAAAUUGGUAGGCGCCGGCGGGGGGCAGAAAGUGAGAGGAGGAGGCAGGGCAACCGUUCGAUUCUGCUUGUCGAUUGCCCAUGGCCUGUUUCGCCGGAGGCAAGGGAUAUUGCUAGGAAUGAAUCAGACUCCGCAGAUUUCCUGUUUCACAUUCAGGGUUCACGUCGGCUGGAGCGGAGACCAUAGAAGCAGAGCUUGACCAUUCCAAAACUCUCAUUGGAUAAUAUAAUUGUAAAUCGAUA